AGUCUCUGAUGUGCUUUGGCACUGCGCGAAGGCUACGCUUGCUUUUUUCCUUUAAGACCUGGCGGUACUUGUGCAACUUGCGCCGCUUAUUGGUGCCCAAUGGCAAGUCCAGCUAGAACAGCAAUACAUCCAUCAAAACGGAUGAGAGCCGGCCCAAGAGCAGGUGGCGCGCUCGGGUACUUGCGGGGCGUCACCUUCUGCCUGCUGUGGUACCUCAGCAUCUUGGCUGGAUUUUAUUUGCUCUACUGCCCAUUAUUGCCGCUACUGGUUUUAUCUCCGCGACACUACAGAGCUUUUACCGAAAUCAUUUUCGGUGCUUGGGAAACCUACCCAACGGCUCUGAUGGAAAUUAUGAUGGGCACCAGGAUAGUGGUCGUAGGCGACAAAGUAGACCCCGAGGACCGGGCCCUAAUUGUGAUGAACCACCGGACCCGGUUGGACUGGAACUACCUGUGGGCAGCCAUGUUUCACGGCUCCAGUCCGCCAUCCCACCGACUCAAAUUCGUGCUAAAAAGUGCUGUGCGGCAUUUUCCAGGGCCAGGCUGGGUCAUGCAAAUGACUUGCUUCCUUUACAUCCACCGUUCGUGGGAAAUGGAUCAGAAGUUAAUGAACAAAGUGCUGGACUACUUUAAAGACAUUGGCCACACAUGCCAGCUUUUGAUUUUCCCCGAGGGCACCGAUUUGACUCGCCAAAGCAAAGCGAGUAGCGACAGGUAUGCAGACAAGCACAACCUCCCAAAAUAUGAGAAGGUUCUUCAUCCAAAGACCACGGGUUUCGCAUUUCUCGGCCAGCGAUUGCGAGGCGAUGGCCAGUUGGAUGCCGUCUACGACUUGACGAUCGCAUAUCCGAAAACGGUGCCCCAAACCGAGAAGGACAUGUUGAAGGGCAUUUUCCCAGAAGAGGUUCAUUUUAAAAUUAAAAGACACCCGAUCGACUCGCUACCUCUCGACGAAGUUGGCUACAGACAAUGGCUGUGCCAGGUGUGGAAAGACAAGGAGGAGAGCCUCAAAGAGUUCCACAAAACGCAAAGUUUUCCGCAGGAUUGCCCGCGAAUCCAUGACAGGCCGGCGGGAGCAAAGACUGUGAAUUCUUUGCACUUGUCCUUCUUGGCAUGGACGUCGCUCACUCUGUUCUCCGUUUACGCCAUCUUCAACUUGUGGUGGUUCCAAAUGUGGGUUUUGGCCACCAGCAGCCUUUUCAUACUCUGCUCCUUCGUUGGUGACGGAUUCCAGCAUUUGGAGAUCGCCUUGCACUACGCUCGAAAGCACCACGAAAAGAAAUGUAAUUGAUGUUCCCGCAAGUUAUUGCGAUUUGAUUUUUCAAAUUCAGCAAAAUUUCUAGUCACUCAUGUUGUGUUAGCAAGAUCUGCGCCACUUUGGAUUUUUGAUGCUUUUUAAUUAUUCCUUCGUAAAGGAUGUUUUUGUACACCCUGAGGGUUCACGUGGUAUUUGUUAAAACAUUUUUUGCUGUCUAUGACUAUAAUUUUAGAUAUUAUAUUGAAAUUCUAAAUUGAUCCUCACAUCAACAAAGCAAAGUGAUCAAUUUUUUAAUAAUUAUUGAGUUAUGUGCAUACUUAUUUAGCGUGUAGAAGAGCAAUAAUUAUGUUAUUAUCUAGUUGGACUCUUCAUUUUUCAGCAUCUGAAAGUUUAAUAUAAAAUUAGUCUUUCCCAAUCUAGUACAAAGAUCUCAAUCAAGUCAAAGGCAAAAAAUUAAAUAGCGGUAAAACAUUAUUCCUUUUUCUUAGAAAUUUCAAGUUUUGUGUUAUCCAUGAGUUUGUGAUUAGCAAGAAAAGUUAUUGCAUUGUUUAUCCAGUUAGAAACAUUCCAAUUUGGAAUUAAACCCAUAAAAUUAUGAAGGGAAGAAAGGCUAAUGUUUUCAGAGAAAUAUACUUCCCUAUUGAGUACCGCUAUCAUCCAAUGAUAUGUGACUGCAAACGUCAAUUCUUAUUCAUGACCCGGUAAAUUAAAAUGUCCUCAAUUUCCAAUGCAAAAACAAACGGUGUUCUCUUUGAUGUCAUUUUAACAUAAUAUGUAAUUUACAGAACUUGCUGCCCUUGAACCAAGUAAUUCGUUAAAUUUAGAGUAAUUAGCUAAUAGUUAUAUGUAGUAAAAAGUUAAAGUUCGAUCAUUAAAAGAUGUUCAUGAAAAAGUUUAGGAAAAUCCAACGUUUUCCGCAAUCUGUGAUAAAACCACAGUUGCUGGCCUACGAUUACUAUAUUCUCUUAUUGUGAAUGUAAUAAUUAUGUCAAAGAAAUUUUUAACUUAAAUGACUCAACGUGAGAUCACCAGCAUAUUUGCUCUGUGUAUUAUACUCAUUUAAAAAAAAAUGGUAAUAUUUUUCUUCUUAUUAAUCAUUUUUAAAUAAUAUUGUAUCAAAAAAUUCUAAAAUGUGUAAUUUUGAUAUUUUUGGAUUACGAAAAGAAUAUAAAUUCGCGAAAGCUUAACUCCUAAAAGGCUAAAAGUUAUAUAUCUGAUUUACUUUUUAUCUCAAAUUAAUGCAAAAAUGUCAUAUGAUUUUUAAUUGUAAAACUGUAAUACUUUUGAUAUAAUUGAAAAGAUAUAAUGAUGAUAAUGUGAUGAAUCAAACUUGAAAAAAUAGUGGUACCAAUGCUAUAAAGUGGGUGCCAAUUACUGAUGUCUAAACAAUACGUUUUUAUUUGGAAAGAAGGACCUAAACUUCAGCAAAAUCUAAUAAAAGUAUUGAUAGAAUAUGAAAUUUUGCAAACAUUUGUUCAUCUACAAUAGAAUGUAAAAUAAAAAUUUAUCAACUUUGAAUAAAUUUAAAAAAAUGAAGCAAAAUG